UUUUGCACAAUAUAAGGCAAAUGGAAUUAAUGAGUCAUAUGCUUUGGUCAAACCCGUAACGAUAGCAUAUCAGUAUUCAGUACUAUGUUACAAUAAUCGCCGUUUUGUCGUUGUGAAGAGUGAAGACUGAAGUUUCAAGUUCACAACACUAUGACCUAGUAUAACUAGCUAGUACAAGCGAAUCUUUGAUUUCCUAGUUGAACGUUACCGGAAUUAUUCAAUUGGUUUAUUUUCGAUACUUGUAAAUUUUAAUUUUGAAUAUUCAAAAUUAUGGAGGAAGACAAUUCUUUUUCUAGCAGAUUUGCCAAAAAGUCUCAACAGAUGCCUUUGUAUCCUGUUGGAAUAUUGGGAUUUGGAUUAGUAGCAGCUUAUGGACUGUAUAAAUUUAAAUCUCGCCAGGGACGUACAUCUUUGUACCUUAUUCAAUUACGGUUAGCAGCUCAAGGAACAGCUGUAGGAAUUAUUGGAAUAGGUGUUCUAUACAAUAUUUAUAAAGAAGCAACAUCAAAAAAAAGCUGAAACAAUACACGAAUGAUUUGUUAGUAAAAUGUAUUAUCACUAUUAUCUAUCAAAUAGUAUCACUAUAAAUAAUAUUUUUUUUUUAUGUUAAUGUAUUGUUUUAUAAGUAUGUAACCAAAAUAAUAUAGUGUAUACUUAUUUUAUGUUUUUUGAUUUACUGAUCAAAAAUAGUAUUGACUAUACCUUAGUAAUGAUAAAACUUAAAUACUAUGAUAUUUUACAAAUUAUAUGUAAACCUUUAAGUGUUAAUAUACUAUUAUAAAUAAUGUAAAAUAGAAUCAAAUUAGGAAUGAGAUAUGCAUAUAAAUUCUUAGAUAUUGUACAUUGUGAGUAUUGGAUAACUUAAAAUUUUUUUUAUUCUAUACAGGGUGUCCCAUGAGGAUUUACCCUUUGCGAUAUCUCCCGAAA